AUGAAUCUCGCUUCGGAAAGUCAGACAACUGUGCAGUGUUCAGAAUGCGGCAAUUUCUACCAGAACAAAAAGGCCCUGAAAUUGCACAUGGCUGUGCAUCGGCCUAGGACUUACUAUAAAUGCGAUGAGUGUGGCAAAACGUUUACCCAAAAGACCUAUCGAAAUAGCCACAUGCUGUCUCACAGGGGUGAGAUGCCGUACAAGUGUACCCACUGUGAUAAGUCGUUCUUUAUGAAAAAGCAUUUGCAUCGCCACCUAGAGAGCCACGCCAGGGAAAGACCUCACAUUUGCGUUGAGUGCGGUAAGGCCUUUCCCGAGAACUACAAGCUGCUCGUCCACAUGAGAAAACACACAGGCGAGAAACCAUACUCGUGCACGCGCUGCGCCAAGACCUUCACCAAGUACGAGCAGUGUGCCAACCAUAUUCGGCGAGAGUGUGGGCCUGCAGCGAAGGGCGAGGAACUCCGUCCGCAGGUAAAGCGCGCACCGCACUUUCGCUCAAUUCCGAGGAAGAAGCCUCCUCCUCCGACCUUGAUCUAUACUAUCAUCACCACCGAUCAGAUCGGGAACCUGGGCAACACCAUAGUUCUCCCUUGUGAGAUCGGGACGUCUCUCGCCACUGGUAACCAAGAAAGUAGCAACACCGUGGUCCUCCCUCACGAGAUAACUGACAGUCUCGCCGCCGAUAGCCAAGGCAACGACAACACGGUGGUUCUCAGUUCCAGCAGCCUGGUCGCCAAUAAUCUCGGCGAUGACGUUCUGUUAAGUCCUGGUGUAGAGCCUCCAGUGUCUUCUUUUGGAAAGACUGAGGACUUGGCCGACAAGGGAAUGACCCUUCCUGACACGUUCCUGAAGGGGCAGAUCACAGAAGAAAAAAGAGAAAAAUACCAUGAAAAGUAUAAUCUAUAUGGGAGUAUAUCCAGUUUCUUCAGUGGAAAUAAAACGAAAAGAUCACUUAUAAAACUUAGCAAGAAACUCCAACCGAGCAACUCCAACAGGGCAAUAUAG